GAUCCGGGCCCGCAGCGCUCGGCCGGCGAUUGCUCGGGUCUGGCCGCCAGCCCCGGAGUGGACGGCCGAGCGCGUCGCCCGUGUCCCCGCCGCGCCUGCCUCGCGCUCCCUCACGCGCCGCUCGUCCCGGCCCCGGCGGCUCCCGCGCUCGGCCCGGCUCCGUGGCGGGCAGGCCCGAUGGCGCCUCAGCGGAGGGGCGCGCCCAAGGCGCCCGAAGGCAGCGGGACGGCCGAGCGCAGGCGCCCGAGCAGCAUGAAGAGCGCCCGGGCGCCCCGGGAGGUCCGGAGGAGGUGGCUGCGGGCCGCCGUCCUGGGUGCCGGGGCCGCGCUGGCCGCCGCGCUCCUGCUCUGGGGCAGCCUGGCGGGCGAGGACGGCGUCACCGAGGUCCUGGCUCACCGAGGCGAGGUCCUGCCCGGCCGCUUCAUUGAGGUGCCCUGCUCCGAGGACUACAACAGUCACCGGAGAUUCGAAGGCUGCUCCCCUAUCAAGUGUGGCCGGGGCGUCAGCGAUGCUGUCAUCACCAGGGAGGAGGCCCGGCGGGUCCGCAGCAUAGCCGAGAAGGGGCUCUCCCUGGGCGGAUCUGACGGAGGGGCGUCCAUCUUGGACUUGCACUCGGGCGCGCUGUCGGUGGGGAAGCACUUUGUGAACCUGUACAGGUACUUCGGGGACAACGUGGAGAACGUCUUCUCCGAAGAGGACUUCCGGGUGUACCGGGACGUGCGGCAGAAGGUCCAGCUCGCCAUCGCCCGGGCCUUCGGCAUCAGCGCGUCCUCGCUGUACCUGACCAAGCCCACCUUCUUCUCCCGCAUCAACAGCACGGCGGCCCGCACCGCCCACGACGAGUACUGGCACGCACACGUGGACAAGGUGACCUACGGCUCCUUCGACUACACCUCGCUGCUGUACCUCUCCGACUACCUGGAGGACUUCGGCGGGGGCCGCUUCGUGUUCAUGGAGGAGGGAGCCAACCGGACGGUGGAGCCCAGAGCAGGCCGCGUGUCCUUCUUCACCUCGGGGUCCGAGAACCUGCACCGAGUGGAGAGGGUGCGCUGGGGCACCCGCUACGCCGUCACCAUCGCCUUCACCUGCAACCCCGACCACAGCAUCGCCGACCCGGCCUUCACGUAGCCACCUCAGCGGCCCUCCCCCCUCCUCCCCCUCCCUCCCCCAUUCCCGGGAACAGGUGCCUUGCAUCCUCUUCAUGUGACUGGCUAACGU